AAAAUAGUCCGUGCAUUUGUUACUUCCAUUUAUUAUUUCCCACAGCAUGCAGCAUUUCCUCAGGUGUAGCCCAUCACAGGCAAACUUUGCGCCUCCAUCGGUCUCAGCACUCUCUCCGCGCUGCUUUUACUGAUCUCAUGCUUUCUGCUCGUGGGUCAGAGGUGCGGAUGUCUGAGAGAGAAUCCGGGAGAAGCCCUGACUUUGUUGUACAGCCUCCUCGGUAACAUGUGCAGCACCGUUGGAGCCGUUCUGUCCAGACAGCUACAUAUUCAGGUGAUUCACUUCAAUCAUGGAGCUUUUCAUCUUUUCAGCAGCCAGCAGUAACUUAUUUCUGCGCCCUCCUCUGCAGAUUUUCAUGGGUGCUGUUGCUGCUGCUGUGGAUGCUGUUCAUUUCAUAUCUUCCUGCUUCCCUGUGCUCCUGUGCUGGAACUCAAAGGCAGAGAGGAGGGGGAGGAUGAUGAGGAGGCGAAGGAGGCAGCACUUCCUUGCAGUGUGUGUACUGAUGGUGGUCGCGGGAGGUUUUCUGAAUUCCAGGGUCACCCGCCACCCAGCAGACAGGCCUCUCAGCGGGAGGAGACUGCUGCACGUCACCCUCCGUGACAACACUGAAAUCCUGGGUUACAUACUCGGCCUACUGUCGUUUGUCAUGGCCUUUACCUCCAGGUUCCCUGCACUCCGCGGAGCAUACAGGGGACAGAUGUUGACCCGGGCCUGCAUGUUGUCUGGACUGCUGUGCUCACUGGCUGGUGUCCUCUAUUCAGCUGCCAUGCUCCUCUACGACACUCAGUUUGGGUUCCUUCUAAGAGUCAUGCCGUGGCUGCUGUCAGCAAUAUGCUGUGUCACCCUGGACCUCCUUAUUCUCGUCACCCAUUGGUGUAAGAGAGGAACCAGACAGCAGCUUACCAGAUGUUCUCCUGACACAGAGAACCUUCUGGGUUGCACUGAGGAUGAAGCUGUCGCGAAGAGCCAGAGAAAACAACAAGUUCAGUCAUCAGCACAAACAAAAACAAAAAAUGCCCAGAAGAUGACUGAGGUGGGCCGUUAUAUGGAUGUCAGUGUCCAACCUGUAAGAAAAACAUGCCAUCAGGAGGUGAUGUUCGGGGAGGAAGUGGAGGCACAGCUACUUAACGGGAAGGUGCGAGUGAUCAGAGUCGGCAGUUUCUGUUCCUCAGAUACAUCCUAUGACUCUUCACUCAUGAGUUCAGAUCUGGAGUGGGAUUUUGAAGAGGCAAAUGCCCAGUGGAGUGAACCAACAGCAAAACAACAGUUUCCACCACAAGAGUGGCCAACAAACCCCAAACCCUUUAACAUCUGCACCUAUGCCACGUCUGGACUCUCCCAGAAUACUCGGUCUGGUACAGAAGAGGGUGAGAGUGUCUCUUCAGCGAGCUCAGCAAAAUGAAAAAGAAAUGUUGUGAUACACAUCUGGUGCGUUCAUUUGAGGGGGAAUAAAAAAUGUG